ACAAACUGUACACACGCACAACAACGAUAUUCUUAUAGCAGUUUAGGUCAUGACUAAUAUUACUACGCCUCUAAUUAUUAUUAUUAACAGUACGGCUGAUGUUAGCGCUAAGAAAACCCUUAGCCGCCGAAUAAUGUAGUACGCAUGCGCGGAUGGUGUGAGGAUGCCGCUGUCACAUCCCCAGUGUGCAUAUAACCAUGGAGAUGUAUAUUCCUGGAGAGCGGUCUGAGCUCUGAGGAUGGAGGGACACAAUUCCACAUCUACAUCUCACUCCUCUAAUGUCAGGUCAUGCAAGGAGAAGCCAGGAAGGACUUUGGACUUCAGUCAGAAGAAACCUCCACAAAGGCUACAUAAUAAUAGUGUUUGUGGACAAAAGACUUUGGGAAGAAAUUGUGGAACAUCAGAGAGUGCUCCUGUCAUUUCACAAGUCCGAAAAAUACAAAUCCCCAAGUCUAUGAAGGAUGCAUCCUUUCUUAAGCACCCAGAUCUGACUAUGGGACAGAAGCGGUACUUAUGCAGCAUUGCCAAAAUCUACAGCACCAGCAACAUGAGAGCCAUACUUGAAAAUCAGCUGCAGUCACAGAUAAGAUGUGGCUCAAGAAAAGCACAUUUGAACCGUAAAACUUCAGGGAAAUUAAAGGAUGGAACAAAGGAUCAUUGCACAAGAUCACAAAUGAACCAUUGGGAAACCAAAAGUAAAUCAUGCAUUGCUGGAAUAGAAGAUAACAUUUCUAGAAUGGAAGAAACAUCAGUCAUAGAAGACACACAGCAGGCCAUUGCUAUCUCUUCAGAUUCUGCACUAACCAUUGAGGAAACCACAAGUCAAUGGAUCCAGUCACUUUCAGUGAAUGAUGACAAUUGUGAACAGUAAACUGCUGAAUACAAGACAAUCAUUCAAGCACAAGUAUAUGUUUUGUAAGAAUAUCAUUAAUGGACAAAAAUUGUGGCUGUGUGAAACUGGGCACUUAUAAAGUCUGUUAGGUGCUGGUAUUGAUAGCUGUCGAGUAGCUGUAAUAUUUGCCUCACCAGCUUAGGCUGCCACUUGAGCACUAGGUGCACCCAAUAUUUUGUGUAACCUUGCUUUAUGCUGCUUUGAUAUUUUUCUAUAUGGGGAGCCAUUCACAUGAAAUGAGUUCUGGCUUUUUAAACACUUCCACAUAUGUAGCUAACAUCAGAAUUAAGUUACUUGACUAAAUCUUGCAGACUGAUUGCUCCUUUUAGGCACUGGUGUAUAAGGCUUUAUGGUGAAAGCCUCUAUUUACUAACUGUUGAUAAUGACAAUUUGAAUGUUUGAAUCGGUGUGCAAAAAUAAAUUAUUUUUGCCAAAUUUA